AUGUCUUCCCGCCUGGCGCGCCCACGUCGUGGAAAAUAUUUGACCGGAUGUGCCACAACUGCUCCAGCUGUCAGUGCGCCGGCUGCCUCUCUCUCGGCCGGACACAACCCCGGCGCCCGGCGACCGCACGGAUGGACACCCGGCACACGGGGGGCCGGCGCUCCCUUGUCCUUUGCACCUCUGGUCAGUGUCUCGAGGAACUAUGGUGAGUAAAGACGAGGCCAAAAGCAUCGUGGUGUCAGACACCGAUGAAUCCGAUUCGGACACGGACCUCGCACAGAAAUUCGACGAGCACUCCGGGCCGCAGGUGAAGAAGAAGAACAAGGCCUUGCAGGUGCAUUUUCGGGAUAUCUGCGAGGCGCAGAAGGAGCUCGGUGGGAAACACUCCCGGUCCAUUUCCUGCAAAGUGACCCACAGACAAUACAUGACCAUGCCCGCCAGGCGCUCCAUCCCAAACGUGACCCGGAGCACCGGCGUGCAGACCUCACCCGAUCUGACCAAGCGAUACAAGACUUUUCCCUUUGAGAGGAAGAAGGGACACACGUUCAAGCACGCCGCGUUAGUGGAGGACUACAGAGGACAAAACAACGGCUUUUUGAGCGAUAUAAAAGCGCUGGGAGAGGACGGACAACCCAUCGGGUUAUCCUCCGUUACGGGACAGACCAAGGUUUUGCUCCACCAGACGGACGACAGCAGCGAUACGGAGGAUUUGAUUUGCGACGCCAACUGCGUGGACGGAACCUCCUGUCCGGAUUCUCAUCUCCCGUCCCAUCUGAACAACCCCGCGGAGCACCAGGACUGCGGGACAAGGACCAAACACAAAGGAUUACCGCGAGACGACACAGACCAAGCUUCCGGCAAGCGUCUGCUGGCCAACUCUGAGUUUGCAAAGGGCGGGGGUCCGGUGGCAUGGAACUCUUUGACCCGAGUGGAGUCUUUAGGAAGCCCUUCGAAGGCUUGUAAAAGAAAGCAGUCCCAGACGCUUCCCCACAGCGCUUCGUGUUCCUCGCAGUCCCGAGGGCAGUGCCGGACCAGGCACGCCUCGGCCUCCUCCAAACUCCAGCAAACGCCUGGGACGGGAGAGGGCUUACCUCCGGGGUCGCCGGUGGGGAGGAGCGGCCGGCGGGUGACACCUCAACCCGGAGACAAGGAUAUCAAAGAGAAGCUGCAGGCUAUGGAGAAUCUCAUCAACUCCAGCCAGGAGACCAUCAAGGUCCUCCUCGGAGUUAUUCAGGAGCUGGAGAAAGGUGAAGCACAGAGAGAGGGGCUCACCUACCGAACAGGACAAGACACGGCGAACUGCGACACCUGUCGAAACAGCGCAUGCAUCAUUUACAGUGUGGAGCUGGACUUCAAGCUGCAGGAGGACAAGCUGCAGCCCCUGAUGAAGAGACUCUGCCCCCCGGACGGCCGACAGUGUCCCCCCCUGCCUUACUCCAACGAGGUCUUCACCUCCACGCCCAAACGCAAACCCAAGUCGGACUCCAAGAAGCACGCCCGCUGGAAACUCUGGUUCCUAUGAACGGAACGUGAAUGCUUCGCGGGGGCCUUUUUUAAUCGGGGCGCACUUGCUGUCUCAAAGUGGAUGGAAGAAUAUUCCGGAGGAGGGAUGGGAUCGAUGGAUAACUAGUGGAGAACCGACAUAUAUAUUUUUAAGUCAGCCAAACCUUUUUCCUGACAUAACUGGAGAGGACAAACUGACACCUGAAAAUCUGGAGCCCACUGCGAGGCAACCAGAGGAGGCGCCACCUUGGAAGGCAAUUCCUUCGCCGAGGUGCGACGUGUAAAAGGACACCACCUCCAGCACAAAGCACAAAAAAAAAAAGUGACUGUCUAACGGAGUACGGUUAAACAUGGCAGCAACAUCAGCGUCCGCCUCUUUGGUCCGUCAACUUCCUGCGCCCGCCCGCCUUGACGACCCCCACCCAACUACGCCUUACAUCUUUCCGCCACUUCCUUCCCAUUCGCCGCCCCGUGCAACACGCCUUAGUCAUAAUGUGUUCUUUGUUUUUGUUUCCCUCGCCGUGAUGGAUGGCGUUUUAGAAUGUAUAUUUUAGCUGGGCGGCCAUAUUUAUCACAAUGGAAGUUAUUUGCCCGCUACAGAAAAU